AUGCUUAAUGAAUUUUUUUAUUUUAUUUUUGCCCUCAUGGACAUUUUUAAAAUUAUAAAUGAAAACAGAAAAAAAUAUUUGUUCCCAUCAAAAGAAUACAAAGCAUUAAUGCUUAAACAUAAGGAUACAAAUAUUAAUAAAUUGGAGUUAAAUACUUGUAAACAUUAUUUACUUAAUUCUAAUAAAUACCUUAAAAAAAAUAUAAAAUUAUCUACUAAUCGAUUAUACACCGAAUACAUGACUUGUCUUUUAGAAAAGGAUAUAAAAAAAAUACUAAAUCUCAGAAGCCAACUCGAAGAAUUUGAUUCCUUUGUAAAUGAGUUCGAUCAGCUUUUAAAUAAUCUUAAUUUUGAUAUCACCACUGUAAAGUCUAAAUAUAUGUGGCAUGAUAUUGAAAUAUUAUUUAACACCGAAAAAAAGAAAAAUGACUAUAUUAAUAAAAAAUAUGUGGUAGAAGAUAAAAAAUUUAAUAAUCAGCUUAUUAUAUACAUUAAUAAGAUAGAAAGUAAAAUACUAGCAUUUAAGAAGCUUUUAAAAAAAAAUAAUACUAGAAUUAACUGCUUAAGAAAUAAAUUAAAAGUUAUUUAUAAAGUAGUAGAACAGUUUCUAAACUUUUUGUCCGAAAAUUAUGUUGAGUCUGAAUAUUUAAAAAAAUUACAAAUUGAAUUAGAAAAUAUUUUGACAUUUUUUACUGAUUUUAAUUCCGAUCUUGACUUGUGUGUAUUUGUAGAUGUAGAAGAUGAAAUUAAAAGUUGUAAAAAUAUUAAAAGUAAGAAUGAUAUAAGAGAAGAUCUAAUUAAUGUUCUUAAAAGCUUUUUUAGUCCUUCUGGUAAUCAAGUUGAUAAUGUACCUUUUCUACCUGAAUUUUAUGAUAUAGCAUAUGACUAUAUUAAAUAUCCAAGUGAUAAUAAAAAUAUUAAUGAACUUUUAGAGAAAAUGAAUAUAAAAUAA